AUGAGUGGUCCAUAUAACAAGGUAACGCCAGUGAUGCUUGGUCAGAGUAGAGGUACUAAUCGGGAUCCAAAAGGUGCUGCAGAAGUACCGAAUUCUCACUCUUCUACCACACCUCCUACUUUCCAAGGAUCGUGGAAUCCCUUUCCCGGUUAUAAUGUGGGUAAUUUUUACAAUAGGAUGAAUAUUCCAACAUCUAAUGGGUUUCUACGACCUAAUUCGUCAGGUACUUUGGGAGGUCCAUUAGCUUUCCCGGUACCACCACCACCACCAACGAUACCACCACCGGUAGCAGUUCCUCCUCCACCAAUGCCCUCUUUGAACCCGCUUCAAACAGGUCUACUAAAUGAUAAUAAUAGGAAGCGCCCCAGAAAUGGUGGAUUCAACAAGGAGGAAGCUGAGAGAAGGAGAAAGAGGGCGGAAAGAUUUGGAUCUUCAAAUCAAAAUCAGAAGAAUGGUACUAGUAGAGGAGUAGAUGAAGAGGAAAACUUUGCAAAUCUUAAUGCUAUAAGCACUAAAUCUCAUAAAUUUGACAAGAAUAAACGUAUAAUGGGGAAAUGCCAAAACUUGGAAAAACCAUAUUUAAGAUUAACGUCUGAGCCCAAUCCUGAAUUAGUAAGGCCUUUACCGGUUCUGAAGAAAACCUAUAACAUGCUGAUGAAGAAAUACGAACGGCAACAAGCGUCUUAUCAGUAUUUAUGUGACCAAUUUAAAUCUAUGAGACAAGAUUUGAGAGUGCAAAUCCUCGAAAAUCAAUUCACUGUUAAAGUCUAUCAAUCUCAUGCGAGAAUUGCUCUUGAGAAUGGUGACAUUGGUGAAUUUAACCAAUGUCAAAGUCGACUCAUUACACUUUUCGAAUUACCUAAUAUUAAACAUUCAUGCCUUGAAGAAUUUACCUGCUAUAGAAUUCUCUAUUACAUAUUGACUGAGGAUCACGGUGCCAUUACAAGUCUACGGUUGAAGCUCAUGACCGAAAACAUCUCAGUUUUCAAGCAUCCAUCGGUGCAAAAAUCAUUCCAAUUGGCUAAAUCCCAAUUAGUUGGUGAUUACCACAAUUUCAUGAGAAUUCACAGUUCAAUGGAAGGUCUUGGUAAAAAAUUAGUGGAUUUGUUCAUUGGUAAAGAGAAGCUCAAAUCGCUGUUGACAAUCUGUAGAAGUUACAAUCAGAUUCCCCUUGAAUUUUUGCAAAAUGAAUUCCAAUUUCAAAAUGUAGAGAGUACCAUAGAUUUUCUUUCCCACAGAGGUUUGUCGCAAUUCAUACUCGUCAAGAAUCAUGGUGAAGGAAACGAAUACAAGUAUCUUGAUACUAAAGCUUGUAGACCGUACGUCCUGCGACAGUAUACAGAAUCGAAAAAGAUCGAUAUCAAAGGCCAGCGGUAG